AUGAAGAAGUUAACCGAAACGAAAAAAAUCGGUAACAAAUCACCGCCCGAGCAUAUAGCCGAAGCGAUAAUCUUCCUGAAGAAGCAUUUAGAUAAGAAUCUAAUGCACGACUAUGCAAACAUCAAAGACUCAACCGAACUUUGGCAAACCUUGAAGGAGAGGUUUGAUAACCAGAAAGAAAUCAAUCUCCCUCACGCUCUUGAAGAGUGGAAAAACCUGAGGUUUCAGGAUUUUCAAAAGGUUGAGGAAUACAAUUCCGCUGUUUUGAGGAUAGUUGCACAACUAAAUUAUUGUGAUAGUCCCGUCUAUGAGGCAAAAAUGCUCGACAAGACAUACAACACUUUCCACAAAGAGCAUAAACUCCUACCCCGAAUUUUCAAAAAAUGUGGGUACACUAGAUUUUCUGAAUUGAUGGUUACGCUCAUGUUGGCUGAAAAAAACGAUGAACUACUAAUCAAAAACCACAAUUCCCGACCUACGGCAGCCAAGACAUUCUCUAAAGUGAAUGCUAUGGCGGUAGAAAAUUCGGAAAGGAGAAACCAGACCAACCGAGGUCGUGGUCGCCGUUUCAACAACAAACGUGGAAAAAUUUACAAUCCCAAGUGGAAGAGAUCUAACAAUUGA